CCAAGCAUCGCCUGAUUCCAAUCUAAUGAUCGUCUUAGAAAUGAGCGGUUUCGAGACGGAGUGUUUAAGUAUAGGCAAUAACCCAUGGGUGUGGCUGAUAACAUCGUUAUGCGUGAGUGGAGUCUGUGGUCCUGGGAUGUCUCUGUGGAGGGAGGAAGUAGACGAUGUUGAAUUAUAUAUUCCCAGGAAGGCUGUUCUGAGGUCAGACGCCACCUGGGUCAAGGAACACUUCAAAGAUGAUCUCACAUACGAGAGUAUCCUUGUGACAGCACCCAACGUUCUACAUCCUGAUGUUCUGGGCCUGAUAGCCGAGAUAGACGAUGUAGUCAAGGGAAUAGUAGUCAAUGGCCAGUCCUGGUCGGACGUGUGCGCCAGGUACAUGACGUGGUUCUCGAAUGUUACCUCGAUGGAUGAACUUGAGAAGGACUACCCUAUGCUCGCUUUUGGUUCCUUCAAGGAUUUCGUGCGACAAGACUCUUGUAUAUAUCAAUCUAUAUUGAAAUUAUGGCCGAAUGGUACAUCCAAUUUGACUGCAGAUAGAAUAUCUAGGGAUGUGACUGAUGCACUUAAAGAAAUAAAAAACGAUAAUGGCAUAUUAAUGGACAUAUCACCUUUACUCUCAACCAUCUCCUACGACGUAACUGGAAACAUCAUAGGCGCCAAUGCAACGUUAUUAAAUUUCCUCCUGAAGAAAUCAAACCCACACUUACCAGCCUGGGAAUUAAAAUUUAUCGAAAAAGUCUUGCAUUCAAACCGCACAAUGCCCGAUGGAAUGAGAAUCUAUGCAUUGGCAUCACGAAGUUUCCACGAUGUCCUGCAUCGAGUGGUGGAAAACAACUUGGCAAUUCUGUUCUGCGGUCCCCUGUUAAUUAUCAUCUACGUCAUGGUGAUGAUUGGCAAGUGCAAUAAAGUCCAGCAGCGAGUGUAUCUGUCGCUGUUGGGUGUCUCGGUGACUGGACAAGCAAUAUUAUCCGCAUACGGUGUCUGUUUUUACUUGGGCUAUUCAUAUGGACUUGUUCACCCAAUUCUUCCAUUUUUACUCCUUGGGAUUGGUGUUGACGAUAUGUUUGUGAUAAUCCAGAGUCUGGAGACUUUGACAGAGACGGAGAAAGAUUUGACUCUACCUGUGGGCAUAGCAAAAGCACUCGAACAAUCAGGAAUGUCUAUAACGAUAACAUCAUUAACGAAUGUCGUGGCUUUUGCCAUUGGAAUGACCACAGUUAUGCCAUUUCUCAAAUUCUGUAUGUUCGCCGCAAUGGGAAUAUUGUUUUUAUUCAUGUUCGAAAUAAUGUUCUUUGUGAGUUGUCUUGUACUCGACGAGAGACGAGCUGAAUUAAACAAAGAUGGAUGCUCGUGCAUGAGUAGAUCCAAUUGGCGGCCCAACGAGUGCAGUCAGAGGAGCGUUCAGCGACUGAUUUUCCAGGAGUUUAUUGGACCCUUCUUGAUGAAGCCAAGAGUAAGAUUCUCCGUCAUCACUUUGACUGGUUUAUUACUAGGUCUCAAUGUCUUGGGUAUCUGCAGACUCAACAGGAAUUUUGAUCCUCUAUUGUACUUGAAUCAGGAAUUUUAUACCAUCGAAUUUUAUGAUCAACUUGCGGCACAUCUUCCGAAUUAUGGCAGGAGAGCUGAUAUAUAUUUUAAUGGUGUCGAUUAUUGUGAAGAUAGAGGAGCAUUAGGGGAGAUGAUGAGUGCACUACAGAACAAUAGUUAUGUAAACAAUCGGACCUUGAACUCGUGGUUUGCGAACUAUGAGGAGUGGCUGGAGGAGAGGUAUCAAGGUGUUGGGGAUUGCGAGGAAUAUUAUGGAAAACUCUGGGAAUUUCUGUUUAUGAGUAAAAGUUUUUCAAGGGCAUAAUCGAAUCCCGAUAGGAAAUAUCCGAAUUCUCCCCUAGGUCAUCCUACAGGAAUCCUUACAGAAUGAAACAUAUCUUCUUUAUUAAUUCAGGUAACUAAAAUUGGACUUCAACACGUAACCAUACCUACCGCAAAUGAGCGAGAGCAAGCAAUGAAGUCAGUCCACGACAUCGUCACCAGCACUAAAUUCUCAAAGGGCAGUGGACACAUAGCAGUUUUCGCUCAUGAUUAUGUAUAUUGGACAGCAAAUCAAAUAAUUGGUGAGGAAUUAAUUAGAAAUCUGAUUCUAGAAAUCAUGGCAGUGGCUCUGGUAAGCGUAUUAUUACUGCGUGAUUUAUGCGUAUCCUUUUGGGUAAUUUGUUGCGUACUCUUUACAUUAAUUGAUCUACUGGGCUCAAUGUAUUAUGUGGGAUUAACUAUUGAAAUUUCAUCGAGCAUCAUGAUUCUACUCUGCGCCGGACUGGCUGUUGAUUAUGCAGCACAUGUGGGAUUAGAAUUUACAAGGGCCGGAGGCACCAGAAAUGAGAGAUCAAUUGCUACUCUGGGAUUAAUAGGUCCCGCAGUAUUCAAUGGUGGUUUGAGUACAUUACUAGCUUUUAUGCUGUUGGGAGCCAGUAAAGAAUAUCUUUUCAGUACAUUUUUCAAGUUGUUCGCAGCAGUCGUUGUUUUCGGUCUUUUCCAUGGAUUAAUAUUUCUCCCUGUAAUACUAAGUCUACUGGGAUCAGAGAAAAAAGAGGAGAAAAAAAUCGAGAAUACAGCGUGGGAGCCUAAUAAAUAUUGUACACUCCCACUUCCACUUCCCAACAAUGCGAAUGUGAAAUGAAUUCAUUCUCAUUCACUGAAUAGGAUUAAAUGUUUAAAAAUUUUCCAUUGUGAUCAGCAGUUGAUUGUGAACAAUUCGUAGGAAAGGAAGACUGUUUAGGAUUAAUAGGAAGCAAAUAGAUGAAUAAAUUAGAUUCUUGAAUUAUUAACG